AUGACACCGUCCCCUGCGAAUUGUCCAAAUCCUCCGAAUGUUGCUUCCAAUUCAACCAGCAGGCUUCUGUUUGGUAGGUUGCAUCAUCCGGGUCCAUUACGCCUACGUCAAAAGGGCAAUUGGCAGUACUUCCAAGACGGGACCAAGUUUUUCGAUGCCUCCGGAACCGCUGCCACUGCGUGCUUGGGAUUUGGGGACAAACGGCUCUUGAAGGCGAAACGCAGCCAGGAAACCACCGCCCCCGUUGCGGAUGAACUCAUUUUCCGGACGCCCGUGGUAGAGGAGUUGGCACGGAGAUUGAUCGAAUCCACUGAUGGCAAAAUGGACAGAGUCGGAUUCUACUCUUCGGGUUCCGAGAAUAACGAGGCCGGUGUCAAGCUGGCUCGUCAAUAUCAGUUUGACCGGGGUGAAAGUCAGCGGGAUUGGAUCAUUGCCAGAAAGCGGUCGUACCACGGUAAUACCAUCACCACUCUUUCCAUCAGUGGCUACGAAGAAAGGCAAGAGAAACAGAAGCCCCUUUUCAACUCAAAAGUCAGCUACGUGAGCGCGUGCUACGAAUACCGUGAUCGUAGGCCAUGCGAAACCAUUGAAGAGUUCGUGGAAAGACAUUCCAGGGAGUUGGAUGCCGAAUUCAAACGAGUUGGACCCGAAAGAGUUAUUGCAUUCAUUUGUGAGCCUGUCAGUGGUGCUGCACUGGCUUGUGCCAAAUUCGUUCCGGGCUAUCUUAAUGCAAUGCAUGCAGUCUGCAAGAAAUACGGCGCCCUCAUGAUUGUCGACGAAAUCAUGUGCGGUGCUGGGAGGUGCGGAGGCACCUACCAUGUGUGGCAAAAGGAAGAAGGUUUUGUACCCGAUAUCCAGACGAUGGGCAAAUCCUUCUCAGGAGGCCACGCCGUGAUCGGUGCCGUGUUGGUGAGCCGUCGUGUGAGUGCUCAGAUCGAGGGAGCGUCCGGGAUGUUCCUCCACGGGCAUACGUUUCAGGCUGAGCCAUCAGCGUGCGCGGUUGCGCUCGAAACCAUGAGGAUUGUUGAACCUCUUCUACCAAGGGUCGAGCAGUUGGGUGUGAGACUCUUGAAGGGAUUGUACCAGCGCCUCAAGGACCAUCCGAAUGUUGGCGAUAUUCGCGGGGAAGGGUGCUUUUUGGCGCUCGAAUUCGUCAAGGACAAAGCAACCAAAGAACCUUUCGACCGCGGGAUGGAGAUUACCGACCGGAUAUUCGAGAAAGGUAUAUCGGACUAUCAGAUCCGCGUGUACAAAAGUACAGGCUUCAUCCUCCCCUCUGGCCGGGGGGACGCGAUCAUCCUCGCACCUGCGUUCAACAUCAGCAACGCCGUGGCCGACUACAUUGUCGACAAGGUGUGCAGUCUCGUCGAAGACUUCUUCCAUGAACUCGAGAACCCGCCACUGCCUCUAUCGCCGGGUAACAGCUCCGUUGUAUCAGUCAAGGAGAGCAGCAAGGCGUUAUCGACUAGGUCCCGGUUCUCCAGAGCGUUUGGCCGUUUCUUGUGCAACUGCUAG